CGACGGCGGCGCUUGAUCGCGACCGUCGCAAAAAUCCUCGCGGACUGUUUGUGUUUGGCGGCCGCGCGCGCGCGAUCAUCGAAAUCCUUCGGAGGCCGCGAUUCGUUCUUUACGCAUGCCGUUGCGGCAAGGCGUCGCAGACCGCCGACAUUUAGUGUCGUCGUAGACCACGUUUGAACCAUCAUCGGCUUCCUUCAAAACCCCACCAGCCGUGCGAAGCUGUCCUUCUUCGGCGUUCUCAUAGACCUUCGCCGUACAAAAAGGAAGGAGAAAAAGAGUAGGAGAAAAGGAAAGUAUAUACGCGUGGUUGGUGCUGCGAAGGCAAAAGGGAGAAGGACGACGGGCCUCGGGAGUUGGAAGAAGGGACAGAGCGAAACGCACGAGGGAAGAGAGAACGCGUAGAAAAAGAGGAAAGCGAGGGACGCGAAGAGGAGAGAGAAGAGAGAAACACGGAGAGAUGAAACAAGGAGGAUAUAGGAUAGAAUCAGAAGGAUGGAACGAGGCGAAACAUGAGAGGUGGAAUUAUAGGGAGCAGAGGGAGAGAUAGGAGUAUAAAAAAGAGGGAAAAAAGGAGAGAGAGAGAGAGAGAGAGGAAGAGAGGCACACCGGUUGGCCGGAGAAGGACGGCCAACGGAUCCCGAUGGUGGAACGGAGACGGGCUGACGAAAAAGCGGGAACGGGAGGGAGGUGAAAGAGAGACGCACAGAAAGAGCGUGAAUCGGAGGUUUCGAGCCGCGCCUCCUACCUUCAGGGCCCGUGUAUCCACGACUCGGCACUGUGACGACGCAGCGCCCUAUGGAGGGGGAAAGGGAAUUACGGGGAACGUGGUUUAGGCAAGAACGAUCGUCCGUAGUCGUAGACGGGCCACGAGUCUCGAGCGAUGCCGUGUGACCGACGACCCUUCCCGACGGCCGCGUUCCUUUUUCUCGGGCUUUUACCUGGAUUAAAAUCGGGCGUGUGUUUGUUACGCGGCCGCAGCUGUGCGUGUUACUAAAUUCGGUGACAGGGGGCGAGCAUGCGAGCCCGCACGUUUCGUCCCUUGCUGUCGAGACAACGAUAAACGGAAGAUAGAAACACAAAUGUGUGAUCAUGUACGGUGAAUAAAACCACGGAGGUUGUAUAACAGAAAAUCGGUAUUGUAUGGAACACCCGGGGGACGACGUGUGACCGAGUCAGGUGAACCAAGGAUUUUCUACGGAGCCGAAGCGGAAUCCUGUUGGUGUUCCCGCCGCCCCGCUGCCGCCGGCCGCUGUCGCGCGUAAAGGAUCAACAAGAAUUUCUACGUCGGCGGCAAGGCUCGAAACAACAGAAAAAAAGAAAAGUGGCGGAACAAGAAGCCUGGAAGGAAAGUGUGCGCAGCGUUUGUGGAUGCAUGAGGGUCUCAUGGCUACCGGAUUGGUAAAGUGGUGGCGGGCAAGGUUCCUCGCUGGCUACAGACCCUUUUCUGUCGUUGGUAAUACAGAAGGCAGCGACUCGGAAGAACUUCUUGGCGGUGUCUCGGCACCUCGUAGCGGUUCGCCACCGGAAUCCAAGCCAAUUUUGUUAGAAACAGACGCUCCGCAGGUCGCGGUCGACGCUUCCACCAGUCCCACACCGGCAACCGGAAAUGACGAGCAGCCGAGUGCCAGCACGACGAAGCAACUUAGUUUCGAGGAAUUCGAAUGCGACGUGUCGGUGGCGGAGGGCGACAGAAGGAGGCAGGAAUUCUCGUUCACUCUGUACGACUUCGACGGCCACGGGAAGAUAACAAAGGACGACAUAGCCGGCCUGGUGACCACCAUUUACGAUACCCUGGGCGCUUCCAUCCAGGUACCGCCGUGCGGCAGCAAGACGAUUAAGGUGAAAUUGACGGUGUCGCCGGAUCAGAGAGGUAGCCAGACGAGGACCGGCUGUCCGAACGUAUCUCAGCCGGCUGCCAGCUUUUCCGGAAAUCCGUCCUGCUGCCAUUUGAAGCACGCGUCCUGCAACAAUGCCGCGACCCACACCACCGCGCACGGUUUGCGCAGAGUUCUUAGAAGGAGGAGAGCACCACGACACCGUUGUCAGACUGAACAAAAGGAAGUGGAUUCUCACAGCGAAGAUGACGGUGAAAACGCGCGAACGAAUCGAAUAAAGCAGGAGGAAUUACGCAGAAGGGUGGGUCCCUUGCCUCAUUUACCAUCACCCUAUUCGAAUAGCUCCGAGGGCGAUAUCAGCGAUGACAGUGACGUUUCCCCUGCAGUUUCCCCCUUGACGCCUCUCCUCACGACUAAUCAGCGAAAACGCAGCGGUGCCCUACAAAGGCAACAGCUCUUGGAAAUUAUUCAGGCGAACAUGGAAAAGAAUAAUCUCAGUUUUCAUACGUCAAGGAAACGGCACCAGAACGAACAACCGCGCAUUCCAACGCAAACUGCGCACGUCGAACCGUCAACCCACUACAAUCAAGACUGUCGUUCACCAUCGGAGUCCCGGCCGACGACGAUGGCGUACCUGAAGACUGCACGGGAGAAGACACAGGGUUUCACGUCUUUCUCCAAGGUACCUGCGAAGACACGGGGAAACCUUCGGAAAACGCGGCCGCAGUACGGUAUACCGCGGAACAACGGCGCAACGCAGCCGCCGCGGGCUUACGUGCAACCGCAGGUCAUGUCCCGUACCGUAAUUAGUCCUACCGCCUAUCCGGAGCAACAAACUACGACUAACGCGAAUCGUAACGUCGGCAACCUGCUACCGAACAGUCAGCACCCGGCAAACCAACCCCCGACGAGCAACCAUAAUGUUCCCCGUAACGAAACGCAGUUCAAUCAGUCGCAGCAGUGCGGCAAGUCGAGCAAGAAGCACCAGCUGAAACACGCGACCAGAGAGCAAGACCAAGCCAGAGCUAUGGUGCAGGUUGUGCGUUGGCUGGAACGGGAAUUCUCGCAGAACGCGGCUGCGAACUCCGGUCGGAAACACGUUCACGAGCACAUUCAUCAUCAUUAUCAUCAUUACCACACCGAGGCUCUUGUUUGAUACGUCUACCUGCGAAGAGAUUUCAGGACUUCCGUUUGUCUCCUCAACUGGUAGAACAGAGCUAAAAGUGUGUUAGGCCAACACUUAGAAGGCGAACGUUUUCUGUUAGCUGCACAAUUGGCAACAAUUGGAAGCACUUAUUUGUCUAUUUUCCUUGAGCCUUGCAACGUAUUUGGGGCCAGUUAUAUAGAUAACUUCUGACAAUAAUAAUAAGAAUGAUUGAAUAGAGUAAUAUUUAUUACAUUUUAUUUUGGAAAUCAUUGGCGAAUGAAAAAUAUGUUUCUUUGUGCAGCUUGCAAAGUGCUACCAGAUGGGGGUCAAUAUUAAAAUUCCGGUCACCCACGCAUCCGUUCGAGAAUUUCUCGAGUAAUAUUUCAUCGAUCAUUUUGUUGAACUAUUCCUACCUUUUGCCACACUUUGUUAAGUAGAGGUUUACGAUCUUUUUAUUUGUUGAAAUGCGGUCAGUUCCUGCCGAAAUAGCGUUUUAAUUCUGAAUGCGACCACCGGUGGAUUAAACAUGUUGUGAAAUGUCUUCUUAUUGAAUACUGUGGCUUCUUUGGCUGAGGAAUACGGGUACGAAAUCCAUGUUCCACUAAAACUCAGCCUUCGGUAGCCGCCAAGGAUUAUUCGACGCUAUAGGGCUAAUCGGAGCGACAUUCGACAAAGUCGGAGUGUGAGCAUCGCCCAUCGGAUCCGCUUCAGCCUAUUCUUCCACUCACCUAGGUCUCCCCUGACGGUACGCAUUUUCUUCGAUACUUCCAUGGUGUACUAUUUCUCAUCUUCAACAUGCUCAAGGAUUGACCCUACUGUCGACAACCUUUCUUGGGAUCCAAUCCCUGGUUCCUCGCCAUUUCCUCGAUGGACAGAAUCCUCGACAGUUAGCGCCACUCACUCUUCAUAAACUUACAACCAAGCUCUGGUGCCUCCUUUGAUUUCUUUGAAGUUAUUAUACCGUAGACGGUCUUAUAACCGUAGCCGAGUUGCCAAUAGCAGAACUCCUUCAAAUAUGGUGUUACCAUUAGGCCACCCAUUUUGUAUAGCCCUGUCACUGUCUUCAGAAUUUUUUGUAUUCCGUGUCUACAUGCGUGGUGCACUACAUGCAGUGCACUACACUGCAGUUCCAAUAUGAUGUUAUCCUCUCCAAACAACAAUCGGUCUUGUUUAGUUUCUCAAGACAGUCUGAAGACGACAGUGCCAUCAGAAACCUGGACGGCAGCCAUGGUAAAUGCAGUGCCCCGGGGUAUAACUAGUGUUUUUAACACCUCGUUCCUGUAGUCCUUGACCUUGCAGAGUAUCUCUCAGCCCCAAUGAUCCGGCGGAGGACUGCUGCUACCGUUAUCCUGCUAUCCGAGAGUUCUAGACAGACGGCUGCCGUGGCUUCCGUCCACCACUCACGCCAGUCCGAUCACCUCUUGAUUAUGAGAAUGAUUCUCAUAGGCCUAUCUCAAGUUUGUGUCCCUUAUCUGGUUCAUACUGACGUUCAGUUCAUUACUUAUUUUAUGUGGGUCAGGCAGGAAGUUCUAACGCGAUGUUUCAAGAGAUUUUGCGAGCGCACAAUUUGAGGAUCACUGUCACACUUCGUUCUUCCAAUAGAUACGACAUUUUCGAACUCGGUUUGCGAACAAUUGGCCAACGGCAGAUCCAAAUAAACGCCGUUGGUCUGUAAUAAUUCUAUGAACGAUCGAGUAACAUUUUUGGAUCGUCAAUGACGACAUCUAAGCGAAGUAAUAUAUCGAGAAGUUUUAUUCUUGAGACAUAUAAUCGUGUUCAUCUUAUUCUCUAGGACUUGUUAAGUAUUUAAUAUAUAUAUAUAUAUAUACGAUAGGCUGAUCCAUUUUAUUUUCUUUUUUCUGGGGGGACUUCCAAAGUGGAUGAAAGUAUAUAACAAGACGUUUUCAUCUUUUCGUCAAUAGUAUUAGAAAAAAGAUCUAAGACGAUACCAAUGAUCUAUUAUACCGAAAGGCUUUUACGAACGCGGUUGUUAUUUAAAAAUUUACAGUUUACCACUGUAACUCGAUAUUUGUAUUCCUACAGAUAUAAUAAACAGGGACUUAUUUUGUACAUACAAGGAAUAAUUAAUUCGUCGAUUCUGCUGAUCAGUUUACACGGAAAUCAUGAAUCUCCAUAAUUAUAAUCGCGGGAAAUUGUUUAUUUAUAUUUAUAGUACAACGUGCAGAGAUUUAUUAUUGUCACGCGAAAUUUUUGUUAACGGGAAACGAUAUACACGCAGAUCUUUGCCACAGGCUCUUAAUCGAUCUAUUUAUAAGAGAUACUGACAUUUUUUACAAGACAGUAUUAGCGCGAAACAGUAAUGUAAUCGCUAUACCGCUGCCUGGCAUAUUGAUAUCUAAAUCGAAUUUGAGUACUUCGUAUACGCAUGUGAAAUAUGUACCUUCACAAAAACUAGGGGACAUUGUAGAUUCGUGACAUUUAACGAUGUGGGAGCUAAGAGAAACGUAUACUUACGUAAGUGAUAAAGUGCUUUUUCUAACUCGAGCUUCCAUGCUGAAAGUUUCAAUAAAUUUAGGCAGAGGUGUGUGCCUAUUUAUCCGUUUUAUUGUGGACGCAAAGCGUUCGAAAAUACCUCGAUAGAAUUCCCUCGAUCAUUUUCUUUGAUACAUUUCUGCCUCUCAAUUGACACGUCUUGCGAGUCCAAAAUAUCGAAAAACAAAUCGACAAUACGAUCAACAAAAAUUACGAACGCCACAACAUUUAUUCAAUUUCUAUAUAAGAAUUCUAAAGGUUAUGAAAUUAUGAAACAGUUAUUUAAAAAAUAUGGACUUAUCUCGCAUGUUGCUCAAGAUGCUUAAUUAGGAUCAAACGAGCAAGUGUUCAUUUCAUAAACCCCCGUAACACAAUACAUGUAUAAAUAUUCAGCGAAGAAUUUGAAACCGUAUGGUUACUAUAGAAGUCUUGAUACAAAUUGUCUUCUUCAAUAUUUUUCGAUUACUUUUAACAAGUUCGAUGUACAGUUCAUUUUUUUUUUUUUAAUUUCAUUUGUAUAUUAGAUCCACGAAGAUAAUUCUUCCAUUUUUAAUUAUGUCCAAAAGCACAAUAAGGAUAUGGCUACAUCAAUAUUAUCGAUAUCGUUGUUACAAUUAUAGUAGUGCAUUGGAAACAUACCAAGACUUUUAUGGUUACCUUAUUUGAAUAUUCAAAACAUUGCAAUUUUUGUGAGCAACCACUAUCCUCAUAAAAAAUGCAAAACAAGUCGAUGGUGCUCUCAUAUUCCAACGAAUACAAUAGCUUACUCUGUAAUGGCGUUAAUGACUCUUUUCGUUGUAUUUAUAUGAUAUUUCUCGACAAUACAAGAAAGUAUUAAGAUAACGUACUUCUAAGGGCACAAUUAUGAAAUUCGUAAUUCAACCUAAACUUUGUGAACGACGAAGCGGAAGUAAAAUGAGUGAUUAUACAGUAAAAUAUUAUUACUGUUCUUAUUGCACGAAUUUAAUUGUAACCAUAAAGUUUAAAGGAAAUUCGAUUUCUCUUUACGGUACCAUAUUGCUCAUAAUUAUUUGAACAUUGAAUCAUAUUCCAAUUUUUAACUCUUGCUAUUCAUCAUUAUUAUUAUAAAAUUAAUUUCAAUUAAAGAAAAAAAUAGGAUAUACUCGUUAUAAUAACUCUAAGUAAUUUAUUAUGGAUAUAAAUCCGUUGUAUUUCAUAAAAUCUGUAAUGGUAAAACGAUAAUGCAGAAUCAUUAUUCAUCUUAAGUAGUUUCUCGAAUAAUUAUGAGUGGUAUUGUAUGUGCAAUCCUAGUGUACAAAUAAUGAUCAUAAAAUGUCAGAAGAAAAUAUUAUCUAUACAUACCCUUUCAUAUGUAACUUUCAGCACAAGUAGAAUUUUGUAACAAGUAAAAAAAAAAGGAAAAGGA